GCGCAGCAGCAGUACGGCGUGCGCAUCGAGCGCAACCCCGCGCGCGUCCCCGGCGGCCUGCCCAGCACGGCCGAGAUGCGCGCCGCAGCGCUCCGAAGCACCAACAGCAGUCUGCGCGCGUACGCCGCCGGGAUGCCUGCCAAGCUUGGUGACCUGUUCAACGCAGGUCAGUCGUCGCUGCUCGGGCUGAUCGACGUCGGCUCGUCGCACAUCGGCACAGACUCGCAGGCGGAAGGAGCACCGCAGAGCAUCAUGCAGACGGCACAAGCACUGUCACUGCGUCAGUCGCGCACAUCCUUUGGCGCGCUUGUCAGCAGUCACGGCGGGCUGGCUCACAAGGGCGCGGUGCUCCCUGCCCUCAUCGGCGCCGCGAGCACUGCCACCACCCCUUCAGCGGAGAGGCCGCUGGUGCAAGUCGAAAUGACUGUCCUGGAACACACAAAGGGACCGUUGGAGCGCAUUACCAAGACGAAACGGCGUAAAGGAUACAAGCGCACGGUGCAGCACAAACAAGGCUACACGCGUCUGCGCGUCGAUGCGAUCAAGCUCGUUCUACCCUGAGGACCAAAAGUGCAGGGGAUGCCUCUGUGGAGC